AUGUCUGCGACUCCCGUACCGCCCGAAGACCAGGCGCGCCUCUUAGAGGAUGCUCUGGUCGCGGUACGCCAGCAGACCGCUCUGAUGCGGAAAUGCCUCGACACUCCGGGCAAGCUCAUGGAUGCUCUUAAGUGCUGUCUCGGCCCCAAACAAUACUACGAGCUCUACAUGGCCGUCUUCGACGCCCUGCGAUACCUCUCCGUCCACCUCCGAGAGAACCAUCCCGUCAAUCACCUCGCCGACCUGUACGAGCUCGUCCAAUAUGCCGGCAAUAUCGUUCCGCGUCUGUAUCUGAUGAUCACCGUCGGCACUGCUUACAUGUCUAUCCCCGACGCGCCUGUCAAGGAGCUCAUGAAGGACAUGAUGGAUAUGAGCAGAGGUGUACAGCAUCCCAUCCGCGGACUGUUCCUCCGAUACUACCUGUCAGGUCAGGCCAGAGACUACCUCCCCACUGGUGACGGCGACGGCCCCGAGGGCAACCUGUCCGAUUCGAUCAACUUCAUCCUCACCAAUUUCGUCGAGAUGAACAAGCUCUGGGUGCGCCUGCAGCACCAGGGCCACUCCCGCGAGCGCGAACAGCGAACGAGGGAAAGAAAAGAGCUGCAGCUCCUGGUCGGCAGCAACAUUGUGCGCCUCAGCCAGCUGGUCGACCUCGAGACGUACAAGUCGGGCAUCCUUGCGCCCCUGCUUGAGCAGGUCGUGCAAUGUCGCGACGUUCUAGCCCAGGAGUAUCUCCUGGAGGUCAUCACCCAGGUCUUCCCCGACGACUUCCACCUCCACACCCUCGACCAAUUCCUCGGCGCCGUCUCCCGCUUGAACCCGCACGUGAACGUCAAAGCUAUCGUCAUUGGGUUGAUGGAUCGUCUGUCCGAUUACGCAGAGCGCGAGUCCAAGGACGAAACCGAGGGCGACCGAGCCAAGCUGGAGGAAGAGGCACUGGCAGCCUUGUUGGAAAAGACCAGCUUGAAGAACGAAGGUCGUGGCGCGUCCUCUGCGCCAGGGGGACACCCGGACGCCAACGACGAGCCCGGACAAGCCGCCGAUCUCAGCCUCAACGGUGUUAACCCGACCAGCGAGAACGAAGCCCGCGCGGCAGAGGACCUCCCGCCCCCGGAGGAGCCGACCCCCUCGAUCGCAGACACGGACGCUACUGCUGUCAACGGCGAAGGGGUCGCGCCGGAGAAGGGCAUCCCGGAGAACGUUCAGCUCUACGAGAUCUUCUUCAGCCAAGUCAAGAACCUGGUCGAGGCGCAGCACCUCCCCAUCCAGGACACGAUAGCCCUGCUCUGCUCGCUGACGAAUCUGGCUCUCAACAUCUACCCCGAACGCCUGGACUUCGUCAACCAGAUUCUCGACUACGCAACCAUCAAGGUCAGGGAGAACGCAAACAACGCCGAUCUGCACUCGCCCCCAGCCCAGCACAGCCUUUUAGCCCUGCUCCAGGCACCCCUCAACCGAUACCUUUCCAUCUUCACCGCCCUCUCCCUCCCCACCUACGUCCCCCUCUUCCAGUCCCAGUCGUAUCCGACGCGCCGUGCCGUCGCCGGCGAGGUGGCCCGCACCCUUCUCCGGGACCAAACUCGCAUCUCGACCCCGAACCAGCUGGAGAACGUUUUGGAGGUGCUCAAGGUGCUCAUUAAGGAGGGCUCCCAGGCGUCCUCCAACUAUCCCGGUGUCGCGCAGCGCCGGGCCGUCGAGACGGACGAGACGAUGGAGGAACAGGGCUGGCUGGCCAGGAUCGUCCACCUCGUCGAUGGCGAAGACAACGACACACAGUUCCGCCUGCUGCAGAUGACUCGCAAGGCGUACUCGGAAGGCAACGAGAGGAUCCGUACGACGACGCCCCCGCUCAUCACCGCCUGCAUGAAGCUCGCAAGACGUUUCAAGGCACGCGAGCACUACGAGGAUAACUGGGAGACGCAGAGCAACGCGCUGUUCAAGUUCAUGCACUCCGCCCUCAGCACCCUGUAUACUCGUGUCAACGGGGCCGGCGCGGCCGAGCUGGCCUUGCGCCUGUUCUGCGCAUCCGGCCAGACGGCCGACAUGGCGGGCUUCGAGGAGGUGGCCUACGAGUUCUUUGCCCAGGCGUUCACCGUCUACGAGGAGGCGAUUUCGGAUUCAAAGGCACAGUUCCAAGCCGUCUGCGUCAUUGCGACGGCACUGCACCAGACGAGGAACUUUGGCAAGGAGAACUACGACACGCUCAUCACCAAGUGCGCCCAGCACGGCAGCAAGCUGCUGCGGAAGCCCGACCAGUGCCGCGCCGUCUACCUCGCCAGCCACCUGUGGUGGGCCACGCCGAUGGCCGUCUACGGAGAAACGGACGAGACUGGCUUGUACCGGGACGGCAAGCGGGUGCUCGAGUGUCUCCAGCGAGCGCUGCGCGUCGCCGACUCUUGCAUGGAGACGGCGACGUCGAUCGAGCUCUUUGUCGAGAUCCUGGACCGAUACGUCUACUACUUUGACCAACAAAACGCGGCGGUCACGACCAAGUAUCUCAACGGCCUCAUCGAGCUCAUCCACUCCAACCUCGCCGGAAACCAGCAGGACUCGGCCUCGGUCGAGAACAGCAAGCGCCACUUCUACCAUAUUCUCGAGAGCAUCAAGGGGCGGCAGUACGAGGGCGUCGUUCUCUACCCGAAAUGA